AUGUCCGACGCGGUCAAGACCGGUAGGGGUGCUAAGAAGGCGAAAGCACGGGGCAGUCCCAGAUCUCGCGUGGACAAGGACGUUCAGUUUCUCUAUGCGUUCAUCAACGUCAUGGUCGACAAAGCUGACUGGACCGCCGUUGCCAAUGAGCUUGGUAUUUCGAAGAAUGCCGCUCGGAAGCGUUGGCUUCGUAUCAAAGCGCGCUGUGCCACCACUGCCACCUCCGACAAGAAGUACGAGGAUGAGGACGAUGAUGACGAGAUGGAGGAUAUCGAGGAGGAUAUCAAGGAGGGCAACUAG